GCAUCGAACACUGUAACGUAGAUCUAAGGCCAGCGGCCGCCGUGCGGUUCGGUUGAGCAAACCCGGUACCGAACUGUCCAAGGCCGACAAAGGGGUUUUCGAAUGAGGGGUAGGAAUUGAUAAUUGUCGGCUCAUGUUGUAUUGGUGAUAUAUAUAUAUAGAGUGAUGGAGACAAAUACCUUGGCUGCUGGUCUGACUUCUGCUUUGAGGUUGGCGAUCUAAUACACCCUUUGACAAAAACAAACACAUCGCAAUAAGUACACACCACUCAGCAGACAUGGCGACAACUACGAACGGGCACAUAAACGGAGAUGACCCCAAAACAAAGUUCACACUUAAAGACUCACCGGUGGAAAAUCUUAGGCCGUUGAGGGUGGUCGUCAUUGGCGCAGGGUAUAGUGGGAUUGGGGCGGCGAUUAGGAUACCAGAGAAGCUCCGAAACGUCGAGCUAGUGGUUUAUGAAAAAUACGAAGGCAUUGGAGGAACAUGGUGGGUGAACACAUAUCCAGGCGUCGCCUGCGACAUCCCCUCCCAUUCCUACCAAUUCUCCUUCGCUCCCAACCCGAACUGGUCCAACCUCUACGCGCCGGGCCACGAGAUCCAGAAAUACCUGCAAGACGUGGCCGAGAGAUUCGGAGCGACGAGGUUCAUCAAGUUAUCGCAUAAAGUGGAGGAAUGCGUCUGGGAUGAUGGGGAGAAGAAAUGGCAAAUCAAAGUCAAGAACCUGGUUACCGGAGAGGUGUUUACCGAUUCGGCACACGUGCUCAUUACUGCCCGGGGCCAGCUUAGCGAGCCGCGAUGGCCGGAUAUUCCGGGGAUUGAUAAGUUUGAGGGGAAGAAGAUGCAUUCGGGGGCUUGGGAUAAGAGUUACGACUUGCGCAACAAGAAGAUCGCUGUUGUUGGUAACGGUUCCAGUGCCAUUCAGAUCGUCCCAAAGCUCCAGGAGCUCGAAGGAACGACGCUCUCAUGUUUCAUACGAUCACCAGUCUGGAUCUCGUCAGCUUUUGGGGAUGGCACCAUGAAAGACCUAGGACUAGAUCCCAAAGUAACCGAGUUCACCGAAGAACAAAAAGCCCUCUUCCGCUCUGACCCCUCCGCCCUCCUCAAAUUCCGCAAAGCCUUCGAAGACUUCGGCACCUCCCUCCACAACUCGACGAUAGCGGGCCACCCGAUGAACAUCGAGAGCCAAGCCUUCUUCAAGGCAGACAUGGAAUCCAAGCUCUCCGGGCGUCCCGACCUGCUCGCCAAGAUCAUCCCAGCCUUCGCCCCCGGCUGCCGGCGCCUCACACCGGGGAAAGGCUACCUCAAAGCCCUCCAACAACCCAACGUCACAACAAUCCACGAUCCCAUCUCGCACAUCACCACCACCAGUAUCGCGCUCACCACAGAAAAACAAAUCGACGCGGACGUGAUCGUCUUCGCCACCGGCUUCCAAGCCUGCACAUCCCCUCCCUUCCCCAUCAUCGGCCGCGCCGGCCUCACCCUCGCCUCGCGCUGGUCCCAACACCCAGACUCCUACCUCGGCGUGGCCGUCGACGGGUUCCCCAACUACCUGAUGCUGUUCGGCCCCAACACGACCAUCGGGUUCGGCAGCCUGAACCGGAUCCUGGAGGCGCAGGUGGACUACGUCGUCUCGGUAAUCCGCAAACUACAAAAAGAGGAUUACGCGUCCAUGGAGCCGAAGCCGGAGCGAGUGCGGGACUUUGUGGCCUUUGUGGAUGCCUACUUUAAGGAUACGGUGUACCUGGAUAAGUGCAAGAGUUGGUAUCGGAGUGAGGGUGGAGUGGGGGAUAGGAUUGUGGCGCUGUGGCCCGGGUCGACGCAGCAUGCUGUUGAGGCGCUGAGGAGUCCGAGGUGGGAGGAUUGGGUUUAUGAGAGCGCAGACAGCAGUGGGAAUGGGUUGAGGUGGUUGGGGAAUGGAUGGAGUUGGACGCAGAUGGAGGGCGAUCCGAGUUGGUAUCUGAAUCCGGAGGAGAUUGAGUUUCCGUGGGAGGGGAAGCCGGAGGAGAAUCCGAAGUAUAAGUCGAGGCCGUGGUCGCAUUGAGGGCGCUGGUGGUUGUAGGAAUUGUCUAGUUGAGGAUAGUCAGCUAAGGGUUAUCAUCACUUACCUUCGGCCUGUAGCAACCUUGCAGUCUACCCCAAGUAUAUCCAACAGGCACAAGAUCAAGGCCGUCAGAGAGACAG